UGUCGGUAGGCGCUGCUAACGUGUCACUGACUGAGCUCCACUCCCUCCCUCCCUCUUACACAGUCAUGGAAGACGAGGAGAGACAGAAGAAAUUGGAGGCCGGCAAAGCCAAGCUUGCCCAAUUUCGACAACGGAAAGCCCAGGUCGACCUUCAUAAUCCGGGAAAAAAACAAAAGAGAAAGAAAAAAGUAGUAAACAAACCGGAGGAGCAAGUGGAAUACGUCACAACUAAACAUCAGCAACAGGAUGCUAAAACUAGGGCAGAGAGUGGUCCACCAGGAGAUGGAGAGUUCAUAAUUAAUAGGAUUUUACACAGUGGAGAUGUAAUCAAACAGGACCAGACUUAUAUGUUUGAGCCAGAAAGUGAAGUGUCUACUACAGCUGAUGACUAUACAUCAGAGGCAAAUGGUUGUUGUACAGUGCAACAAGAAACGGUAUUUAAAGCAGAAGAUAUGAUGAGGGAAGAGGAUUUUAGCAUAUCAAGAACUUGUUCUGAAAAUGAUGCGCAGCCCUUUCAGACAAGACUUGAAAUAAUGGAGGAAGAUUUAACUGCAAAACAACAAGAGAUUGAAGAGCUGAACAGAGAGCUGGAAGAGCUGAGAGGGGUUUUCGGUAAAGAAGGUUUCCAGCAGCUACAGGACUUUGAAGCUGCAGUCAAAGCGAGAGAUGGUAUUAUUACUCAGCUUACUGCUAAUCUACAGCAAGCUAGGAAAGAAAAGGAUGAGAUUCUUCAAGAAUUUUUGGAUUUAACAGAGCAAAGUCAAAAACUACAAAUUCAGUUUCAACAGACUGACAAUGAAAAGACUGAUAAUACGUUGAAGUUGAAUAGCAAAGACCAACUAAUUGAACAACUUGAAAAAACAGUUAAAGAACAUGAAAAUGCUACAUUAUUCUUGAAAGAUAAGAUGCUUGCUUCUGAUAAAUUAGUUCAAGAUUUAAAUGAACAGAUAUUGCAAAAGAAUGAAGAGGCUGAGAACCUGAGAACAGAAUUGACGAGCUCAAAGCAAAGGGAGAGACAGUCAUCAGAUGAAAUAAAACAGUUAAUGGGUACUGUAGAAGCACUUCAGAAACGCUGUCACAUGGGCAAUUUGUCUGAAUUAGAAGCGAUACAAAGAAUUGAAAUAGAAAGUCAUCGAAAAAUGGAGCAACUUCAAGCAGAAUUGGAUGAGAUGUAUGGUAAACAAAUCGUGCAGAUGAAACAAGAAUUGCAGCAGCAGCAUACUUUAGAGAUUAGGAAACUUACCGAACAACAUAAAACUGAAAUGGAAACAGCUUUGGGUCGUUCUGUUAAUAAUUUAGUCAAUGAGGAACAAAUUGAUGUGUUAAAUGUGGCAAUCAAUGAAUUAAAUGCCAAGUUAAGAGACUCUCAUUUUCAGAGAGAUCAAAUAAGGCAAGAACUGACACAACAGCUGGAAAGAACUUCUGAAGAAAACAUACAGCUACAGAACCAAGUUCAAGAACUCUUAGGAGAGCUCAACUUCACAAAAGAUCAAAUUCGGAGAGCCUCAGAAAGCAUUGCUGAUCAGAAAUGCAAAGCACGUGAAGUGGAAGAACUGAAAGACAUGGUUGAACAAUUGAAAGCCGAACUAUUAGCUACUUCAGAGUCUAAUAAAGAGCUGGAAUCUGAGCACGAGGCGGAAAUUACCAAUUAUAAAAUUAAGCUCGACAUGCUGGAGAGGGAAAAAGAUGAAGUCUUGGACAGAAUGGCUGAAUCUCAGGAAGCUGAAUUAGAAAGAGUAAGGACUCAACUUCUCUUUAGUCAUGAGGAAGAGCUAUGCAAACUAAAAGAAGACCUAGAAAGGGAGUAUAAAUUAAACAUUUGUAAUCUUCAAGAAGAUUUGGCCAUGAAACAGAGUCAGCAAUUAGAAAAUUUGCAAACAGAAUUUAGAAAAGAAAUGGAAGAAAUGAAAUGUGAAAGGGAUAAUGUUGUAAUUAAAAAUAACCAACUAUUAUCUGAGAUUGCUAUAUUGAAAGAGGAACUGCAGAUAUCAAUUAAAAAUGAUAAACUGGAAGCAACACAUUUACAAAUACUUGAACUUGAAACAGAAAUUGAAGCACUAAGAGAAGUUGAGAAAGAAAAGAGUACACUAGAAAAGGGAAUACUGGAGCUACAAGUCAGGAAUAAAGUUUUGGAGGAACAGUUCACUGACCAAGAAGCUGUGCAGAUGAAAAUCACUAGUCUUCAAAAGGAAAAUGAAGGUCUUAAAGAAAUCAAAAAACAACUGGAAGAAAAGUUGAAAAUUCAUUUUGUACCUGAAGAAAGUAAGUUGGCAUCAGUUGAUGAAGAUGAUCUUUCAGAAAUGAAAGAACAGAUCGAAAGGCUUACAGCAGUUAAUGGGCAACUCGAAGCCCGGGAGAGAGCGCUUCGUGAGGAGGUUGAGAGACAAAGGAACACCUUUUCUUUUGCUGAGAAAAAUUUUGAAGUUAACUUUCAAGAAUUACGUGAUGAAUAUGAUUGUCUAUUGAAAAUGAAGUCACACACAGAAGAAAGGAUGUUUAAGCAAGAAGCUGAAUAUGAAGCUAAAUUAAAGGUCUUAAAUGAACAGCUCCAACUGUUAAAGUCAGACACAGAAAAUUGCACAGUGAAAAAUGAAGUGCAGCUAGACAAAACACUCGAUGGUUCCAGUACCCAACCAAUAGAAGUUAUUGAAAAAGAUGCAACUGAACUAAUGGAGAAACUUGAGAUAGCUCAGCAGGAUAAGCAUGAGCUCUCAAAGAGACUGACCGAUCUUUCAGAGGUUUUGAUUUUGAGACAGAAUGAAAUUUUACAUUUGAAAGAGGAACUAACAUUUCUAAAAGGGCAAGCCAAAGAAAGGUGUGAGGAAACUGCCCGAAUUGAGAGUCAGAAAGUACCAGAUGUUGAAGUAGAGACCCAAGAACACAAGCAAAUGUCCCAAACAAAUUUAAUAAAAGCAAAGAAUGAAUAUCAGUCUAAAGAACCAUCUUUUAUUGUUUCCUGUGAUUUAAAAGAACAUGAGCAACAGAAAGAAGAUCUAAUGGAACAACUAAUUUCACUACAAAAUUCGAUGAAGAUUCUUGUUUCAGAAACAGAUGAGAUGAAACAAAAUCAGAUUAACUUUAUUCAAGAAAAAGAGUCUUUACUAACCCAAAUUAAGCACUUAGAGGAGAAACUGGCAUCUGAGUCCUUAGGCAAUCCACAGACUGAAAUGGACCAUCUUAGGCGUCAGCUGGAGUCAGCUCGAAAUGAGCAGUUGGGAUUGGCUGAACUUGUACAGCAGAAAAUGUUGCUAGAAGAAACCUUUCACAAAGAAAGAGAGGAGAUGAAAAAUGCCCUAAUUAUAACUCAGCAGGAGAAGUUAGAACUGGAGAAGAAGAUUGAAGCACAAAUUGGAGUUUCUACUUGUGAACAGCAUACUGAAUUGGGGGCAAAUCAGGCAAAAGACAUGGAACACAAAGUUCAGGCAUAUACUGCUUUUGAUCAAGGUUACAAGACACAACUGGAACAAACUAAACUGCAGGCAGAGGCAGAGUUAAAACUACAGUUGGAGGCUCAGCGCAUUAGUCUUGCACAGGUUUAUGCUACUCAACUGGAGCUUGUACAGGACAGUUUGAAAAAUGAAAAAGAAAUUGCUCUUGAAAGACUUCGAGAGAAGCUCACAGCCUCUCACUCUUCAGAAAUAAGGCAGCUUCAAGCAUUAUCCCAGCAGGAAUUACAGCACGUCAAAGAAUCGCACAAAGACUUUGAAGAAUGUUCACAAGCCUUGAUGGAGAAACUCAACAAGAAGAUUUCAGAUGAAUGCAUGCAACUCACCCAGUUAUUUGCCGGUGUACUGAUCGAAGGUAAUUUGAUAGAAAACAAAGAACAUCAGGAUCGGUCUGAGAAAUGUUUAAUUUUGGGAAAUAAAGACUAUCUUGAUGAGGGAACCCGAGUGCACAAGGACCUCCUGGAAGGAGCAAGAGCACUGCAAAAAAAUCUACAGGUGCUGCAAAGGAAACUACAUGAGGAAUACAAUCAACUGAGAGUUCUCCAAACGCAAUUAACUAAUGAUUUCAAAAAGAUUGAAGACUUCCAGACUACUUACGUAAAUUUGCAAUUUCAAAGUCAAGAAGAAAAUGCUAGUUUACGAAUGCAAAUAGAAAGUCCAUGUGCUAGUUCUCAAGACCUUAAUGAUCUUAAGGAGCAGUCACAGGUCCAAUCAGCUCAGCUUGAAGAUAUUGAAAAGCUAAAGCUGGAAUUUUGCCAACAGAAGGCUGAGUUAGAGAACCAACGUGUAGAAGAAAUAAAUGAUCUGAGGACUUCUCAUGAGCAACAAUGCAAGGAAAUGGAGAAGAAAUAUAUAGCAGAGAUUUUCUCUCUACAGGAAAAACUACAGAACUUAACUAGCUUACUUUCUCAAUGCAGUGGAGGGUUAGUGGUGGAAUCGAUGUGCCAGUUAGAGUGGGCCGUAUGCAGCAUGGCAGCUUCUCACAGUGACUGGAGGUGGUGGUGGCAGAAUUAGUAGCAGCAGGCAUG